CGUCAGUUGGGUGAACCAGGGCAUUCCGGAGAGAGAGAGAGAGAGAGAGAGAGAGAGAGAGAGAGAAAAGUCGUGCUGAACUUCACUGUGAUUUGAAGCGGAAAUUAAUAAAUAAUUUGAGGAGGACUUCAGGAUGGCUUUGGGCGCGUGCUCCCGGCUGGUGACGUGUGUUUUGAGGGUUACAGAGAGCGGAAACGGCGCUGUGAGUGCGCAUGCGUGGCUCUCACUCUGUUCAUAUCAGCGUGGUGUGAUGAGGACAGGACUGUGGAGACGCGGGUUCUCGUCAGCUGAUCAGUGCGCAGGUGCAGUGAGCUAUGAGCAGGUGAAGAAGCUGCUGGUGGCCAGGGCAGGUGUGGUGAUAGACGUGAGAGAGCCGUGGGAGCUCCGGGAAUACGGCAGGAUACCAGGUUCUAUUAACGUGCCACUGGGACAGGUGAGCGAGGCCCUGCGGCUAAAACCAGAUGAAUUUAAGGAGAAAUACGGAGGUGAAAUGCCCUCGAGUGGUGAACGCCUGGUCUUUACCUGUCUGGCAGGUGUGAGGAGUCAGAAAGCUCUGGAAGCAGCUCAGACUUUAGGAUACCCCAAUGCUCAGCAUUAUCCAGGAGGAUGGCAGGACUGGGCCAAACAUGAGAUCCUGCAGUCUAAAGCGUGAGCUGCUGAUGCUGUAACACUGUGAUUAUUUGAGUUCAGCUACUGCGGCGCUGCUGCUCUUUUCAUUCGCCAAAUAUCUCCAGGAAUAAAAUCCGAAACUGCACAAAAACCUCAGUAAAACGCAGUCGCACACUGUCUCUUUUACUCGCGUUUGUGUUUAUUUACUGAUGUGUCUUGAACACUGUUUCAGCUCAUCACAGUCACGUAGCAUGUAGAGAGAUUUUCUGGUAUUUUGGAUGCAGCCUUAAUAAUCCACACGCCUUAAUGAUAUUAUUUAAUUAUAAAGUGAUUUAUUCAUGUGGAAAUGUGUGUUCUGGUAACUGAACGUCUGUAUGUUUGCUUUGAAAUAUAAAUAAAUGACUGAUUUGUUUCUGUA